AUGGCAAACUUUCAUUUGUACUUCGCCAGCUGUGCGCUGCUGCUGAUCUUGCGCCCAUCCACGGGACUCCCGGUGCGCAAUCUGAGCCCGGAAUAUCACGCACAAUGUCCAGAGCUCUUCAAGAACCUCCUGCUGAACAUCAAAGAGGUUCUCAAGAGUGAUGAUUUGUGUUCCAGCAUCAUGUCUGAUACUGUGGCGAUAAAGAGUAAAGCAGAGACUGUGCUGGCCUGCGCACCCGCUCUGGCACAGACCUCCGGCUGCAUUGGACAAAGCAGUUCAUCCUUCAGCGAGAAUGAAUGUCUGAGCAACAUCACCAAGGACUUGGCCCACUAUGAUGCUCUUAUUCAGUCGUACCUCAAUUCUUCACUCAAGAGUCCUGAGAAAGAAGCUAAACUUCUGAACCCAACUCUGGGGAUAAUAAAGAGCCUGAGAGAGAACUGCUCCCUGAAGGCGGCUGAAGAUGACGACUCUUCAGAGGAGGAUGUUGCCCAGACGUGGGACGCUGGUUCCUUCAAUAACCGGCAAGAGAUGUGCAAGAUGAUGAGGGGCUUCUACGUCCGAACCAUCACCAUCAACCGAGCUAUGGGCUACAUCUCUGCAGGGGACUACAAGAAGUGAAGAUCCUGCAUCCUCAACAUCACCAUCACUCCAAUCAAUAUCACCAUAUCUCUACACCUUUAAUCUGUCACAAGUAAACAAGCCGUCCUGAUCAUUCACUACCAUCACUUACAACUACUGACCAAGCAGUGCUUUACACAGAAAUCCUGCUCAAGCAUAAGCUAGCUGGCGGUCCUGCAGCAUCUUCACUCAGGUGAGAGCUGACGGACAGUCAAACUGUUGCUAAGGUUAGCAGACGAGGCCAUGUUGGCCACUGAAUGUAUUUAAUAUUUGGGUGAAUUUAUUUAUUUAUUUAAGAUCUAUUUAUUGCAUUUAUUUAUUUAUAUUUGAUGGACUGUGGUGUUAUUUAUUGUUAUUUAUAAUAAAGGGUUUUUGGU